AUGUCCGACGCAUCCACAUUCGACUCGCUCAUCUCUGAGCUCACCCGCGACGCGCAACGCGUACAGCCCAAAGACGCCCUACAGUUCUGUUCAAGGUGGUUCCAAUCUCGGCUCGAAGAGCAACGGACUCGCACGCGAGACGCAUUAGCACGAAACGCUUUGCUGGAUAACAGUCCCAGAACGCUGACUCCGGUGAGCCCACCGAGUUUCCAACUCGACGAGUUUCUGCUCCCUCCCACGUCCACGAUCUUCGCCCGCCGUACCUCCGUCAGCGCAGAAUCAAUCCCGGUCGACAGCGAAGUGUCCUCCGCCCUUCCCGUGUUUGCGAAGACGGAAGACCAAAUCCGCCGGAUCCGCGCGUCGAUCGCGAACAACUUCAUCUUCCGCGACCUGGACGAGGAGCAGGAGACGGGCGUGCUGAACGCGAUGCAGGAGUGCAAGAUCGUGAUGGACGAGGUCGUCAUCCGCCAAGGCGACGUCGGGGACUACUUCUACGUCGUCGAGAGCGGCCUCCUCCACUGCUACAUCCGCCCGGAGCCCCUGCCCCCCAACUGGGCGAGCGGCGACGUCUCGUCUGCGGAGCGGCUCAGCCAGGCCGGAUACCACCCCGUCUUCGGGCGGAAGGUGGCGGAGUGCCGGGAGGGCAGCUCGUUCGGCGAGCUCGCGCUCAUGUACGGCCACCCGCGCGCGGCGACCGUGCUCGCGAUCGAGCCGUGCACGCUCUGGUCGCUCGAUCGGAUAACGUUCCGGACGAUCAUCCUGAGCGCGGCGCACCGGCGGCGGACGAUGUACGAGCAGUUCCUCGCGUCGGUGGACCUGCUGGCGUCGCUGGAGCCGGAAGAGCGGAGCAAGGUCGCGGACGCGCUGCAGAGCCGGACGUUCGAGGACGGGGAGGCGGUGGUGAAGCAGGGUGACGUCGGGGACACGUUCUUCUUCGUCGAGGAGGGCAACGCGGUGGUGACGAAGAAAACGGGCACGGGUUCAGAGGUCGUGGGGCGGCUGAAGAAAGGGGACUAUUUUGGCGGUGAGUGCUGGAGUUGGACAUGGCCCGGACGCGAGAACUGA